CGGACCAGCGGCACAGUCCCGCCGAAGGAGGAGGAGCUGCGGGCGGCGGUGGAGGUGCUGAGGGCGCACGGCCUGCACUCGGUCCUGGAGGAGUGGUUCCUCGAGGUGCUGCAGAGCGACCUGCAGGCCAACAUCUCCCCGGAGUUUUGGAACGCCGUCUCCCAGCGCGAGGGCUGCGCCGACGAGCCGCAGUGUCUCCUGCUGCUGCUGGACGCGUUCGCGCUGCUGGAGAGCCGCCUGGACCCCUACCUGCGCAGCCUGGAGCUGCUGGAGAAGUGGACCCGCCUGGGCCUGCUGAUGGGCACCGGCGCCCAGGGGCUGCGGGACAAGGUGCACACCACGCUGCGGGGCGUCCUGUUCUUCUCCACGCCCAGGACCUUCCAGGAGACGGUGCAGCGCCUCUACGGGCGCUUCUUGAGGGUCUACAUGCAGAGUAAGCGGAAAGGAGAGGGGGGCACGGACCCCGAGCUGGAGGGGGACUUGGACAGCAGGUAUGCCCGCCGCCGCUACUACCGGCUCCUGCAGAGCCCGCUGUGCGCGGGGUGCGGCAGCGAGAAGCAGCAGUGCUGGUGCCGCCAGGCCCUGGAGCAGUUCCACCAGCUCAGCCAGGUCCUUGGAUCGAGAGGGUGGUCGGCUGGCUGGGCAAGGUGUCGUCCAGUGGGUGUUCCUCGUCUCAGGCGUGGGCGUGGCCGGCCUCUCCCUGCAGACUUCCCUGACUCCCGGCCGGCCGUGGAGGACCUCAAGUACUGCCUGGAGCGGACUGACCAGCGGCAGCAGCUGCUCGUGUCCCUCAAGGCCGCCCUGGAGACGCGGCUUCUCCACCCAGGCGUCAACACGUGUGACAUCAUCACCCUCUACAUCUCGGCCAUCAAGGCGCUGCGCGUGCUGGACCCCUCCAUGGUCAUCCUGGAGGUGGCCUGCGAGCCCGUCCGCCGCUACCUGAGGUGUGCCAGCAGUGACCCUCCCGCAUCUGCAGGGAAGUCCAGCUCCAAGCGGCGCUCCUCGGACAUCAUCAGCCUGCUGGUCAGCAUCUACGGCAGCAAGGACCUGUUCAUCAACGAGUACCGCUCGCUGCUGGCCGACCGCCUGCUGCACCAACCCCCACCGUCCCCCCAGGACAUGGCCGACUCCCGCCGCAUCAACGCCAACAUCCGCGAGGAGGACGAGAAGCGGCCCCUGGAGGAGCAGCCGCCGUUUGGGGUCUAUGCCGUCAUCCUGUCCAGCGAGUUCUGGCCCCCCUUCAAGGACGAGAAGCUGGAGGUGCCCGAGGACAUCCGGGAGGCCCUGGAGGUCUACUGCAGGAAGUACGAGAAGCUGAAGGUACUGCCCGACCUCAGCUGGAAGCACACGCUGGGGCUGGUGACCAUGGACGUGGAGCUGGCCGACCGCACGCUGUCCGUGGCCGUGACCCCCGUGCAGGCCGUGGUCUUGCUGUACUUCCAGGACCAAGGUGAGCGGCCUGACGCUGUCAGGAGGGUGGGCAGGACUUGGGCAGCGCCUUCCCCAUGGGGCCGGGGGGUGACGAGGCAGAGGUGGGGGACACUGCCCGCAGCCAUUUCUGAGCCACCGCCUCUGGAGGAGGGUGGCCACCUCCUCUGGGUGAUUGGGGACCCCCUGGGGGCCUCCAAACUGGGCAUCACUGGGAGAAGCGCCUGGGAACCGCUGUGGGAGCUGCUGUGA